AUGUGUAUCUGUCCGCCUGUCCGCCUGUCUGUCUGUCUGUAUGUGUGUCCGUCAGGCUUCACCCCCAUGUGCAAGGAGGUUGAACCUUCAGCCGUCAUGGCCAUGCUCAACGACCUGUACAGCCGAUACGAUCAAAUGCUGGACGAGUACGGCGUCUUCAAGGUUGAGACCAUUGGCGAUUGUUACUUUGUGGCCGGGGGCCUCAUCCAGGAGGACGAGGACGGUAUGACGGCGGUAAGAGACAACCAGACAGACCCGCUGCACGCCCAAAAGGUCUUCGAGUUUGCCAGGGUGAGCUUGUCUGUGUUAGGUGUGUAG